AUGACUUCAGGCCAAGGAGUGUUUAUCCUUAAGUUUCAAGACCUUGAUGGAGUUAUGAGAGCCGUGGAAGAGGGACAAUUAACCAUAGCAAGACAACCGUUUCUUGUUAGGAAAUGGACCACAAACCUCCCUAUGUUGAUUAAUGAUGUCAAGAAGGUGGCUAUAUGGGUUAGAAUGUAUGGCAUUCCCCUUAAGUUUUGGACUCCGAAAGGCCUCAGUUACAUAGCAAGUGCAAUUGGAAAUCCUCUUUAUGUGGAUUCCAUCACUGAAGAGGGGACAAGAUUGGAUUAUGCAAGAAUUUGUAUUGAAAUAAAGGUGGAUUCAGAGUGCCCUGAUUCUAUUUGCUUAUCUUUGCUGAAUGGAGAAUGCAUGGUAAUCAACGUAGAAUAUAGUUGGAAACCUAUUAAAUGCAAUGGAUGUCAAUGUUUUGGUCACUCCACAGCAAAUUGCACCUUAGCAACAAAGCUAGGUGAUGACUCAACAUCAUGGAAAAUAUUGAAGGAUGGGGCUGGAAUUGUGUUACCAAGGAAACUAAAUGGGAAAAACAAAAUGGUGCAAGAAACCAAAGGCUAUGACAAGAAGACCAAAGGUAAAUUGGUGGAGAUGCAAAAAUCUUUGGGUAAAAAUUUGUUAGCUCAUAAGAGUAAUAGAUUCUCUGCAUUAGCUAUUAAAGAGACUCAAGAGCUAGAUAAAGUGAGUAUAAUGCUGAAUGAGGAGGAGAAACAUGAGAGCAUCACAGGUGACACAAAAACAGAAGGAAAGAAGUACGUAAGUGAAGCUAGCACAUCGAAGGAGACUUGUCUUCCCAUGGCAGCAAGUGAAAGUGUUCGAGAGAAUGAUGAAACUUCCAUAAACACAAUUAAAAAUAUAAGUGUUGUGGAGGAUAUGGAUCAAGAAGCCUCUCCAGCAAUGGUUCCUUUUGGUGGAAAACUUAAGGUGGAUGAGACGGAUUUUAGGAAGGAGGAUGCUGACUUGAAGAGUAGGAACUUGGGAAAGAAAUUGGCAAAACAAAGGAAAGCAAAUUCCCCUCUCCCUCCAUCCAAAUGA